CACCUAAGCAUAACACAUUCACAUCUUUUCAAGCUCUGUUUCUAUUCAGAGCAUCUGACUGAUUGUCCCACUCGGACAAACAUGGCCGGUAGAAUCAAGCUUCACACUGGCGAUAUCACCCAGCUCAAGGUCGACAUGAUCGUCAACGCUGCCAACAACAGCUUGUUGGGCGGAGGAGGCGUCGACGGAGCGAUCCAUCGAGCAGCGGGGCCGGAGCUCCUCAAGGCCUGUCGGCCGCUACGAGGAUGUGAUACGGGGGACGCCAAAGUCACUCCAGGAUUCGAACUGCCAGCCAAGUUCGUCGCCCACACCGUCGGACCAGUUUACAACUCCUCCCGAGCCGAAGCAUGCGCUCGUCAGCUCGCAUCAUGCUACUCUCGAUGUCUAGAGUUGCUCCUUGAGAAUGGCGGUGGUGAGAUAGCGUUCCCGAGCAUAAGCUGCGGCGUCUAUGGUUAUCCUCAUGAGGCCGCCACCGAGAUCGCUGUCAAGACUAUCAAGAAAGGGUUGGACAACGACAAGGACGGCAAUAUAAAAGGCGUGACCUUUGUUCAGUUCGACAGUGCUAUGCAGGAUGUCUACGAGAAGGUGGUGAGGAGACACUUCCCGGACUACGCCUAAGCUGGGCGUGUAAUGACAAAAUAUAGAAGAAUUUGUACUUGUGGAUCUAUAAUCGGCCGGGAAGAGGGGCAGUGAAUGACCAUUCGUCGUCGCACUGGGUUAUGUUUCGAUGUAUACGAUCACGUCGGCUCGAGUCGAUGAGUAUGUAUGCCAUGUGGUCUCUUCCAACAAGAGGCCGGUCGAUCCGUCUUUUCCGAGGUCGUAGUCGCUUCGGUGUCAGCCAGCCUGGAUUCGCCACCCUACCCAC